UUUGCUUUAUAUACCUCAGUCUCUACCUCAAAGGAUGAAUAUUCUGUUGCAAAUAUUCACGGCAGCUGGUUGAGUGGAAGCUUUUUUGUCUACAGUUAUUUGAGUCAUUUGAAUAUUGUUCUCAGAAAGCGGCAAAUCUGAGCAUUGUCGUAACGGCAGAAAAUGCUUAGUGUACAUAGUGAUGUAUCAGAGAGUACAAAGGGUAUCAGUACUGGGACCACACUUUUCGCAUGUGAAUAUGAUGGAGGAGUCGUUAUUGGAGCUGAUUCUAGGACAUCAUCUGGAACGUAUGUUGUAAACCGUGUAACAGACAAGCUGACACAGUUGACAAAAUCUAUAUACUGCUGUCGAUCUGGGUCUGCUGCUGACACACAAACAGUAGCGGAUAUGGUCCGCUACCAGCUAGAUUUCCAUCGCCUAGAAAUGAAUAGAGAACCAACUGUUUUGGAAGCAGCUGUUUCUUGCAAACAUUUUUGCUACAACUACAGAGAUGACUUGGUUGCAGGCAUCAUAGUUGCUGGAUGGGAUGAAGAAUUAGGUGGUCAGAUAUACUCCAUUCCUCUCGGUGGAAUGCUCAUAAGACAACCAAUUGUUAUUGGUGGUUCUGGUAGCACAUAUACUUAUGGGUACGUGGACCACGGUUUUCGCAAGGGAAUGACAAGAGAAGAGUGUGUCAGUUUUGUUUUAAAAGGUGUCGCUCUUGCCAUUAACAGAGACGGUUCUAGCGGUGGUUGUGUACGCCUGGCUAUUAUUUCCAAAGACGGUGUGGAAAGAAUACUAACAAAAGGUGAUGAAGUUCCAGUGUAUCGGUUUUCCUGAAAUAUAAAUAAAGUUGUAUGAAUGUGAGAACACUACUUUUUUUGUAUUGCUGUCUUAAAUAUACUGUCUUUUGUAUCUUUCCUCUC